CCCUUUUUAUAUUUUUCUUCUUAAUCAUUCUCUUCUUAUUAAAGAUCUUUUUCUCACUUUACUUUUUGUUAUGUUUUUUUUUUAUUUUCUUUUUGUUAUGGUAAUAUUAGUUCAAUCAACAAUUUCAACCAACAUAUAAUAAAACACUUUCAUUUUAUCAAAUUUAGUCUUUUCAGUCAUUUCGGCAUUUAUAGUCGUUACCAAAGAGGCCCUUAAUAAACUUGUUUUUCGUGAUUAUGCACAAACUUGUUUAAAUCCGCAAUAUAGAGAUUAUAGUCGCAAAACGGUUAAGAAAGAAAUUUCAAGGCUUUAUGGUGCGGAAAAGGUAAGGUUACAAAAUUAUUUUGAAAACUUUGAUGGACGUGUUACUGUAUGUUCUGACAUAUGGGAGGAUACUUAUCAUAAUUUACAUUAUUUGGGUCUGACUGUACAUUAUAUUGAUAAUGAUUGGCAUAUGCAUAAACGUGUUCUUGCUUUCCGUGAAUUUAAUGAUCGUCACACCGCUGAACAUAUUUAUAUUUUGAUUGAACGUAUUUUAAUUGAGUAUAAUUUAAUUGAUAAGGUGUUUGCUAUUGGUUUUGAUAAUGCUACUAAUAAUACUGCUGCUAUUCCUAGAUUGCGUGAAUUGUGUGGUUCUACUUCUUUGAUGGGUAGAUUUUUUCAUCAACGAUGUGCAUGUCAUGUUCUAAAUUUAUGUGUGCAAGAUGGUCUAAAAGCGUUGGGAGCAUCGUUGGAGGUAGUCAAGGGGGGGAUUAGACGUAUUUGGGGUAAUGGACACCUUAGGAAAAAAUGGCAUGAUUAUUUGAUAGAAAGAGGUGAGAGAUAUGUGGCUUUUCCAAAAGAUUUGUCUAUUCAUUGGAAUAGUACCUAUAAGUUAAUUGGAGUUCUUCUUAGAUAUAAACAACAUUUUCCUGCUUUUAUGAAACAAUAUGAUAACUAUAUUAUAAACUCGGCUGAGAUCGACACCUGUGAAAAAAUUUGUAAUGCUUUGAUAUAUUUUAAUAAUGCAACUAAAACUUUUAGUCAUGUUUAUAAACCUACCUCAAACCAAUUUAUUCGUGAAGCUGUUAAUCUCGCCGGUGCUUUUUCAAAUUUUGAGAAUGCUGAUUAUGUGAAUUAUUUUGC